GAGUUUAAAAGUUGAAGUUUAAUGUCCAAGUUUAUUUGUAAAAAUUUUUUCUAACCUGUGAUUGUAAUUUUUAUCUCAUUAAUUAACUUAAAAUUACUAAUUACGAACGUUAAAUUAUGUUUGUAAUAAUAAACUAAACAUUUAUGACAGUAAUAAAAAAAAUUUUGAAUUUUGACGGAAAAAAAAAAUUAUUUAAUUUAAAAAAAAAUUUUAAAUUAUCGCGGGAAAAAUAAAAAAUUCAAAUUUUUAAAAUAAAAAAUUGCCAUGAAAAAAAAAUCGAAUAAAAAUAUGAGUGACUCAGAGUCAGAAGAUGCAGGACCCAGUGGACCAGUAGAAAAUGCCUGGGCAUUAAAAAUCCCCGAGUUCAAGCCCGAGGACAAUCCGAAUCGUCUGCUAGAAGAGAGUUCAUUUGCAACUUUGUUUCCCAGGUACCGUGAAAAUUAUUUAAAGGAAUGCUGGCCUCUGGUGCAAAAGGCCUUCGAUAAAUACGGAAUAAAACCCGAGUUAGAUUUGAUGGAGGGCAGCAUGAGAGUAAAAACCACCAGGAAAACCUGGGACCCGUAUGUUAUUAUCAAAGCCAAGCAGUUUAUAAAAUUACUGUCGCGGUCGGUGCCGUUUGAACAGGCGGUCAGAGUCCUGCAGGACGACAUUGACGCGGACAUAAUAAAAAUCGGUAGUUUAGUGCGAAAUAAAGACAAAUUUAUAAAGAGACGACAGAGAAUUAUCGGGCCGAAUGGUGCGACGUUGAAGUCAAUCGAGCUGCUGACCAAUUGCUAUGUCCUGGUCCAGGGCCAGACCGUGUCCGCAGUCGGUCCCUACAAGGGACUGCAGCAGGUGCGGAAAAUAGUCGAGGACACGAUGAAUAACAUCCACCCAAUUUACAACAUCAAGGCGCUGAUGAUAAAGCGCGAGCUGGCCAAAGACCCGAAGCUAAAGAACGAGAACUGGGACAGGUUCCUCCCCAAGUUUAAGAGCAAGAAUAUUUCAAAGAGGAAGCAGCCGCUGAAGAAGAAGGAGAAGAAAGAGUACACUCCGUUCCCGCCCCCGCAGGCUGAGAGUAAAAUGGACAAGCAGCUGGCCAGUGGCGAGUACUUCCUGACUAAGGAGCAGAAGAGGGCCAAGCAGAAGAAGGAGAUCGACGAGAAGCACCAGGAGGCUGAGAAGAAGAGACAGGACAGGCGCCAGCAGGCUUUCGUUCCACCGGAAGAGUCUAGUGAUGACAAGAAACGGAAAGAUGUCGAUGCUGGUGCUCUUGAUGUUGACAAACUCAAGGACAAGAUCAAUAAGAGUUUAAAAAAAAAACGUAAAUUUAAAUAAAUUUUUUUAGAAUUUAUUGUAAUUAAUAAUAAAAAUUAAUUUAAAAUUUUAUUGAUUUUUUAUAAAUUUUCUUAUUAAAAAAAAUAAUUGUUUAAAUUAAUUUUUUUCGCGCCAAAUUUAUUAAAUUAAAUUCCAGGAAAUUACCAACCGAUAAUUGGAAGUAAUUAAGUGAAAACUAGUUAUUAAUUAUAUUUGCGAGCGUAAUUAAUUAUCAUU